AUGGAAAAUUCCAGUAGUAGAAGAAAAAAAACAAAAGAGACCCAAGGGUACGACAUUGCUUUGAUCAAACUCACUGAACACAUCACCUUAAGUGACCACAUUAAGCUGGCCUGCCUCCAUCCUGCACAAAGCAUCCUGUCGUCUAACUCUGCCUGCUAUGUGACAGAAUGGGAAAGACUGCAGACAAAUGGAGCUCUUCCAGAUAACCUGCAGCAAGGCCUUUUGCUGGUGGUAGAUUAUGCAACUUGUUCCAAGCCUAGCUGGUGGAGAAGCACAGUGAAACCCACCAUAGCUUGCGCCAGUGGGGAUGGAGUCAACUGCAGUUGUAAUGGGGACUCUGGUGGCCCAGUGAACUGCCAAAGUGCUGAUGGCAGGUGGGAAGUACAUGGUACUAUCAGCUUUGGCUCUGCUUUUGACUGCAGCUAUUAUCACAAGCCUUCUGUCUUCACUUGGGUCUCUGGUUAUAACAGCUGGAUCGAGCAGGUUAUGGCAACCAACUAAUCCAAAGAGAACUGGAUGAUAGAUGCCAAGAAGGAAAACAGUUUGAAUAAAGUCAUAAUCAUGACACCUUUGAUCACAAAGAGCUGGGAAAUUAUGCCUUUAACAACACAAGUAUUAUACCUAACUGUACCGCAAUA